UAUUUUCAAAGCAGCAGUAGUGAUCAUGCCGGAGGCUCCUUAUGCUUUUGCCAAGUUGGAGGGUAAGGUUUUUUUGAGUAACGGUGUCGAUGUCAACUUCGAGUAUUACAUUCAUAGCGAUAGUGUGCUAUUUGGUAGGUCAGCAGGAAAUCCUGAAAGGCCUCUGGAACCUGGUGAUAGGGAAGUCGAUUGCGGUGUAGGAGACUCAAAUAAACUGUCGAGAAAACACGCACAGUUUAAGUAUAACAGAAAUACCGGAAAAUACGAAAUCAAAUGUUUGGGCAAAAACGGCGUCUCCGUUGUUACUGACGAAAAAACUGUCUUUUUGAACCAAGAGUCACCUCCUUUUCCUCUAAAGUCAAGAAGUCUUCUGCAAAUGGGUGAUUGUCUCUUUAUAUUUCUGCUUCCCAUCGGUGCAGACAAUCCUUCCGUCUCUUUUGCAAAGAGUCGUCCAAAGAGAGACUGGUCAAAGGCAGAUAUUCAAGCUUUACGCUCUGGGUUGGUGAAGCUAGGCUUCGGAAGAUGGAAAGAAAUCAACGAAUUGACUGGUGGUCGGCUUUUGGAUCAUAGUGAGGAAGAAAUCUCACAAGUUGCAAGAAGCAUUGUUGCAAAGUGUUAUAUAAGUGCAAGAGCACAAAGUGAACGUAAAGCCAUGCUCGAAAUAAUCUGUGACAGUUUAGAAGGAACAGAAGAAGAAAAGGAACAUAAAGUGAACGCACUGAUAAAGGAAGCGGAGAAAGAUUUUCACCCGAGUGAGAAAGGAAAGUAUUUGAGAUGGGCUAGAAAGCUUAGAUUGUUGCAACGAGUACAACAGGUGGUUCAUGACCCGUCAUUACUAAAGCUUAAAGAAGGUAAACUUUUCGUUAACACCGUACCUCCUGCACCUUGGUGGCGUCCUGAAGAUGACAUGAAUCUUGUCAUUGGAAUUUAUAAACACGGAUAUGGUAAUGCUGAAGAUAUUAGGAAGGAUCCUGAGCUGGGUUUUCAUGAUCGUACUAGUCCUUCUGUUGCCUCGUCAUCGGCGAGUAACAAACAGGCAAAGGAAUCUAAUCGUCAAGGAGAUGGUGAGGAUGACGAGGAAGACUUUGAAGAGGAUGAAGAAGAGGAAGAAAAUGAAGAGCAGGAAACAUCUGUGAAUCAGUUUGAGAGAAAAACGGAGGAGCAAAAUGUCGAAAACUCAGUGAAAAGACAAGAUGCCGAGCUUUCUUCGUUACCUUCGUUUCCUCCAGCAGAUGCUAUAAUGAGGAGAUUGAAGAGCGUUCUGGUGGCUUGCAUGAAAGAUAUGGUUCGUCUUAUGAAGGAAGAUUCAAAGGCAACGGGAAGAAAGGCCGUCAAGAAAGAAAGUGGACACAUUGCUGGAGAAGCAGAUGAAAAUGGAGAAGGAACGAGGAGUACAAAUUUAACCAAAAAGGAAAUGACAGAAUUGGAAAAACUUGUUGUUUCUUACGGCUUGUUUUACCAGAAUGAAGGUCAAAGAGACUGGAAACAGUUUGCUCUCGUAUCUAAGCUUUUGGAAGACAAAAGUGAAGAUGUGUUGGAAGCGGCUUUCUUGAAGUUAAUGCGAGAAUGUUAUUCCGUUUUGGAAGGUCCAAUUCUUGGUCAAACAUAUGCGGAAACUUUCAGAGCAGAGUUGACAGAGACACAACUAGCAUCCUUGGAGACAGACUUUCGUCAGUUUCGAAACGCAUCCACCUUCAAUCUUAGCAUUGAAAGAAGCCGCUCUAUACUUGAGAGCAUUUCUCUGUUUCGUUUUUUACGUCUUCGUGUCCUGCCUGACCCUAAUCUUCCUGAAACGGUUAAAAAUUGUCGUAAAAUGAAGGAACUUCCCUUUUGGUGGCGUUCAGUCCACGACAGAGCUUUACUUUAUGGAGUAGAUAGGCAUGGUUUGAAUAAUUGGGAGGCAAUUGCGGAAGAUCCCGAGUUGGGUUUCCCUGCAACUCUUGAAAAAUUGGCGCAGAAAAAGCAAAAUGAGUCGAGUGCCGUCAAUGAAAAGGACUACAAGUUUCCCAAGGCUAAAAUUUGUCAGAAACGGUUCAAUUUAUUACUUGACCUGUUUAUAUCGAGCUUGGACUCUCUUGAUGAUUCAUACAGUACAAUGCAACGUAUGUCAAUGUACUCGGCCUCUCCAUUGGUAUAUGAUGCUUUACAGUUCAAUGGAGAGAUAUUGGAGGAACAACCUCUGGUUAUGGUUGGAGAUCCUCGUGGAGUCGUAGAAAUUCCGAGAAAACAAGAGACCCGAGAAUUGCGUCUCCCAUUUGAUGUUGGAUGUGGACUCGUUAUUCUCAAUCUUGGACACAUCGAUCGUCGACCUCAUUACUAUAACUCGAGAGAGAUUUUUCCAGUUGGUUUCAAGUCAGUUCGAUUGAUGCAAGGACAGGGUAGAGAAAGUACAGCUGUUCGUGGACGAUUCUUGUGCGAAGUUCUGGAUGGAGGCGAUAUAGGUCCCUUGUUUUCAGUGUCGGCAUUAUCAAACUUACCAUCUUUAGAUGAAUGGAAUGAAGAUGUAGUGCUUUCGAAGAAGACAUUUACAAUAAUUGAAAGAAAUCCCACUGUGGCAUGGUUGAAAAUUUGCAAUGAAUCAGAGAUAGCCUUACAUUCGAGCAAAGGAGUUUCAGGCAAAAUUGUUGCUGUUUCUGGGAAGGAAAGGUUCGGUUUCUAUGAUACGACUGUUUUGUAUUAUAUCGAGCGGUUGGAAGGUUGUCAGGACUUGGAGGGUUACACCAGGAGACAGUUUCCAUUGAUUAAUAUUCGCCCAAUUGUCAUUCGAUGCUCUACUGGUGUAAUAGAAGAGUCAUUGAAAACUAUUUGUAGUCACAUUGGAGAACAAAACGAUGAAGUUUUUACUUUACCGGAGGAAUGGUUUUCAGAAGCAGAAAGUAGAAAGAGACUAAGAAGUGUAUGAAAAACAAAAUUAUAUCCACAAAAAGU